AUGAGUACACUCCCUAAUGCCACUGCCAGUACUGUAACCAUUGGCAAAAAUGAGACAGAUCAUCUUGCCUUGUUAGCCAUCAAGUCAAAGAUUGUUCAUGACCCUCAAGGUGUCGUGAGCUCAUGGAACGAGUCCCUUCAUUUCUGCAUGUGGGAAGGUGUUGCGUGUGGUCGUCACCAUCGUAGAGUCAUCAGCAUUGAUCUACCGUCCAGAGGUUUAGUGGGUUUGUUGUCACCAUAUGUCGGUAACUUGAGCUUCCUUCGGGUGUUAAGGCUCUUCAACAACACCAUUCAAGGUGAAAUCCCUCCUCAAGUUCGUCAUUUGUUCAGGCUGCAGAUGUUGUACCUGAACGACAACAGCUUCCAAGGAGAAAUUCCAGUCAACCUAUCCCACUGCUCCAACCUCAGGUAUCUUGGUGUAAGUCUCAAUAAGAUAGUUGGGAAACUUUCCGAAGAACUUGGUUCCUUGUCACAGCUCACACAUCUCAUCAUUCACGGGAAUCACUUUGCUGGAAAGAUCCCUCAAUUCAUUGGGAGAUUGGCUUCUCUAAAAUACGUGUCUGCAGCUUCAAAUCAUUUCACAGGUAGUCUUCCUGAGGCCUUGGGUCAAUUGAAAAAUCUAGAAGUACUUGCGUUUGGUAGCAAUGAACUCUCUGGUACAAUCCAUCCUUCCAUUUACGAUCUCUCUUUUCUAACUGUUCUCUCUUUGUCCGGUAACCAUCUUCAUGGCACUCUUUCGCCCAGCUUGGGUCUAAUGCUCCCUAAUCUUAUACUUCUCCAAUUAAGGGGGAACAAAUUUACUGGACCCAUUCCACUCUCAAUUUCCAAUUGUACACCACUAAAAAACCUUGAUCUUGGAGAAAAUCAUUUCAACGGGAAAUUAGGAACUAAUUUUGGAGGCCUACAGAAUCUUGAGGAAAUUUCUCUAUAUAUGAAUAAUUUAGGAAGUGGAGAGCCAGAUGAAUUUAGCUUCAUUGAUUCUAUGGCCGAUUGUAGCAAUUUAAAAGCGUUAGAUUUGCCUGCUAACCAAUUCAGAGGGCUCUUACCUGAUUCUCUACCCAAACAACUUUGGAGCAUUUCUUCUCUUUCUAUUUCACUAAAUCUAUCUCGAAACCAAUUGUCUGGAUCCCUCCCUUUAGAGGUGGGUAGCCUCAAAAAUUUGGUGGAGUUAGAUAUAUCUGAGAAUUGGUUGCUUGGUGAAAUUCCAAAUCGUCUUGAGAGUUGCACUAGCCUUGAAAAUAUCUAUAUAGAGGGAAACUUCUUUAAUGGAUCUAUUCCUCAAUCAUUGAGUUCCUUAAGAGGUCUUGUGAACAUUGAUCUUUCUAGGAACAAGUUGACUGGACAGAUUCCAAGAUUCUUUGAGCAUUUUUCCUUAAAGAACCUUAAUUUAUCCUUCAAUGAUUUUGAGGGUGAGGUACCCACUGGAGGAGUUUUUGCAAAUGCUAGUGAAAUAUCAGUUGCUGGAAACAAUAGGCUAGUGUCUUAUGAAAUGCUCCUCAAAGCAACUGACAGGUUCUCUUCAGCAAAUUUGAUUGGUGUGGGUAGUUAUGGCUCCGUCUACAAAGGACUCCUUGAUCAAAGUGAAACCAUUGUUGCAGUCAAAGUGCUAAACCUCCAAUGGCAGGGAGCUUCGAAAAGUUUCAUGGCCGAGUGUAAAGCCUUGAGUAGGGAUGGCAAAAUCCCCAUACCCGGCGGGUCCCCGCCCCACCCCGCCCUGUUUAUGGCGGGUUUAGGGACCCAUUUAUGUAAAUGGGGAGGGGAUGGGGAUUGUAUUUGA